AAGAAGUUUUGACGAGGGUAUCGUAAUAGAAUUACCGUCAUGACGUCCCGAGCCGCGAUGAAGAGGCGUGAGCUGCCCAAACUUAUGGCCUGUAUGACCAAAACUAGUUUGGAGAACAUGAGGAAUAAAGCCCUGUUUAGCUUGGACAUGCUUGAUGCGAAAGGGAUUCGAAGGAGGAAGUUUCCUUUGCACGAGUGCCUUAUUUUAGAGUUGAGAGAGGCAGGUUACACAGAAUCCUCUGACUACCUGCAGGAUCUUAUUUACGACAAUAUGCAGCUCGUAGCAGAAGAUGAAAUUGGUAUAGUCGUGGAUUUAAGAAAGAGAGUCGAUUAUUUGGAGCACAUUUGUUCCGGUCUGCAGAAAGCUGAAAAGGAGAGGGAUAAAGGAAAUACGAAAAAGGAAUGCCUAGGACUUCUAAGCCUAGCCAUGCAUUACGCAGAACAGGGAAAAGGUAUCUUGUGGUUGGCAGAAAAGUUCUAUUUGGCAUCCAUUGCGGUAUCCAGCCAGUAUCUCAUAGACGGCGGUCGCCAGAAAGCGUGCUGUAAAUACCAUUACGCCAAAUUCUUGCUGGACAAAUUUCCAGGAUCUGAUCCAGAAGAACCUUCAGCAAUUCUUACUGAAGUAAGAGACAAUGCUAUAGGAAAGGACUGGCCGCUCUACGAAGCUGAGAAAGAAGGUGAAGAGGUGCCGCCGGACACGGUGUUCGCCAUGACGGCGGUUCAGCUGCACCGGGUACUGCUCGCUAAGGCCAGGGCAGCCAGGAAGACCGACCCCGCCAAGGCGGAGAGGCUCUCGCGGUUGGCGGAGAGAAGGGCUAAAGAUGCCGACGACAUCAAUAAAACCGCGGAGGCGAUAAUUGAAAUUGGCGUGUGUCAGCUAAUGAUGAAUAACUUAAACAAUGCUCAGAAGACUUUCGAGAGGGCGUUCAAGAUCCACACAGCUAGUAGCAACGUGGAGGGCUUGUGCGAAACGAGAAUGCACCUUGCUGCUGUCAUGCAAAGGCUGGGCGAGCACGAGACGGCGGCGCGGCUGCUGACGGAGAUGGGCGCGCUGGCCAUGGAGCGCGGGCUGCGGCGGCAGCUGGGCCGCGCGCUGCAUCUGCUGGGCGAGCUGCAUCUGCGCCGCGAGCGCCCCGAGCUCGGCACGCAGCAUCUGGCCGAGGCUUUCACUUGCUUCAUGGGCAGCUCUUUUCAAAAGCCCAGUGUCAGUCAAUUUGAUAUCGGCGGUGGUGAAGAUGACGAUGAGGGUUUCAUUUACCAAUCACGGAAAAGGGAAAUAUUCGAAGAAGAAGCGGAACAGUCGCGACUAAUGAUGGCGAUAUCUGCAGGUCAGGAAUUGAUGGCGAGUUACUUCAGCCUAUUACGAGAAGCAGGUUCAUGCUCUGUGGCACAGACGAAGACCAUAGAGUGGAAGUUAUCACACGCAGGCUGGUGGGUCAGGAAGAAGAAGCAUGACUUUGUGCCUUGUCUAUGCCCGAAGCAUAAUCGAACGCCACUGGAUAUUUUAAGGAUGCAACUAAAUAUGAAAGCGUCUUCCACACUUGUGGAAAUGGAUUUCUCUGAAGGGGAUGCCCUGCUUGGAAGAACUGACACCGUUGAGGACAUAAGGACCCUACGAAGCAGCUACUCUAGAGGUCAGCGAAUGGACUCCAAAGACGAAUCUGUGUGAUUUGGUAGUUGAUCUCAAGUCUAAGCUUAAUAACAGACUUAAUUUUAAAUGCGAUUGAUAUCAAUAACUAAAUGUAAUUGAAUUGAUUGGCGAUGUCAACAACCCAAUUAGCAAUGAUCUUAUCUAAUUUCAGUUCUUUAGAAUAUUUUAAUGUAAAGCUUUAAUUUUAUAAUUACGGUUAUUUAUGUCGUAGCGUUAUAAUAACGACAAUCCUUUGUGGUGAUUAAAAACUAAAUUACCUAAUAAAUAAGA